GGGGCCGUUGGUGCCUUUGAAUGCUGCGGGCCCGCGGCGCCGCGUCCCGCUGCCAUGGCCUUCGCCCGGGCUCCGCUCCGGCGCUUCAACCAGAGCUCCGCAUGUACCCCACUGCGAGGAUCAUGUGAUGUUAAAUCUUCAGACACACUGAAAAGCUCUCUGUCUUCUGAAACAUGUCAACGGAUUAGGAAACAGAAGAGUGAAACAGAUCUGAACAGUGAGAAGAGUGCACCUACUCCUCAGACUGUAAGACUUGCAUCUCUUGGAACAACACCAGCGAAUAGGACUCUGAAGCCUAAAAAAGAUCUUAUCCUUAUGAAAGAGAAAAAGAAACAGAAGAUGCUGGAGAAGGAGAUUCGUACAUUAGUGAGAGAGCGUGGAGAGCAGGAUAAAAAACUUCAGGCUCUGGAUGAGGAUUUUGUUAAGAUUGAAGCAAAGCUGAGUGCUACAGUUCAGGAGAAAACAUCUAUUCUGGCAAAUGUUGCAUGUCUGAAAAAACAGCUUCUGGAACUAACAAGAACCAAUGAACUACUGAAGUCAAAGCUGUCUGAAGAUGGCAUGCAGAAGAAAAUGAGCAGCCUAUGCAUGGAGUUAAUGAAGCUCAGAAACAAGAGGGACGCUAAGGAAAAGACUGCAGUUGCAAAGCAGGAAGACAUGGAAAUGAAGCUGCAGGAAGUGCAAAGGAGUCUAGAGCACUCAAAAGGAAAAGUAGCACAGUUAGAAGAAAAACUGUCUGCUACUGAGAGAGAGAAAGUUGAAGAUAAGUCUGACACUGAAAAACUCCUGGAAUAUAUCACAGAGCUCAGUAGUGUUGCAGAAACAGUUGAGAAAUACAAACUGGAUGUUGCCCAGAUGGAGGAGAUGCUGGUAAAGAAAGACCAAGAUAUUGAGAUCCUGAGGGAUACCCUGAAAACAAAAGAGGAAGAAUCAUUUAAACUGAUGAAAGAACUUAAUGAAAGGUGUCAUUUGCUUCAACAAGAAAAAGAGCAAGAGUUGUUGGAGACCAGAGGAAAAUUCCUGAGUAUGAAUGCUGAAAUAGAAGACCUGAAAAAAAAAAUCAGCUUAGAUGAACAAGAACAGCAAAAACUGCUUCAGAAACAUGAGAAGAUAGUCUCUCAGCUGCAGCAAGAAAAGGAGUCAUCUGCAUUAAUGCACCAGAAGUUACUGGAGUUUCAAGAUGAAGUAACAAGUGAGAGACUUCUUCUUGAAGAAGAGCUGAGUGAUACAAUGAAUGAGUUGAAUAAAUUACAUGCUAAGGAGAAGAAAGCGGAGAAGUUGGUGAAGCGGUUGGAACAGGAAAUCAAAUCUCAAGCUCUUGAACUUGCACAGAUGGAAGUGAAGCUGAAAGGGAAGAAUGCUGAGUUGGAGCAAAUCAAUGAAAAGCACAGCAAUGCUCUUCUGCAAAUCCAAGAAGAGCAUAGCAAUACGUUGCGUAAACUUGGGAAGACUGUGGCUGAGUUUGAAAGCUACAAGAAGGCAAUAGCUGAAGAAAUACAGAGUCUUAAACUGGAGAACACCUCCCUGCAAGAAAUGGUUGUCAACCUAAAAAAAAUAGGCCAAGAUAAUUUACAACUACUUCAGGAAGCAGAAUACACUAAAAGCAAAGCAAAAGAAGAAUGUGCAAGGAUGCUUUUAGAAGUCCAGACAAAGCUUGCACUAAAAGAAGCAGAAACAGAGAGAACAAAGGAGUCUUGUCUCGCACAAAUGACUGAACUUCAAGAAAAACUGAAAGAGCAAAAUGAAGAUCUGAAAAGAAAACUUGAGCUGGAAAUAUCAAGGAAAACCAUAAAUGAAGGUGUGAUCUCGAACUUGAAAGAAGAGAUGAAGACCUGGUGUAAUCUGUACAAAGAUUUAUAUAACAAAACCAAGCCUUUUCAGCAACAACUAGAUGCAUUUGAAGCAGAGAAGAAUGCACUCUUAAAUGAGCAUGGUGCAGCCCAGGAAGAACUGAAUAAACUAAGUGAUGCUUAUGCCAAACUACUUGGCCACCAGAACCAGAAGCAAAAAAUCAAGCAUGUCAUGAAACUGAAGGAAGACAAUAUGCACCUUAAGCAGGAUGUCUCAAAACUGCGUGCAUUGCUAGCGAAAGAAAAACAAACCAACAGAGAUCUUCAGGAGCAAGUAUAUGCAAACCAGGGCAUUAAGCGUUUUGAUCCUUCCAAAGCUUUCCAGCAUGAUAGCAAGGAAAAUAUUCCUCCAAAAACUCCUUUUAAAGAAGGUAACAAAAACAUUUGAUCUAUUCUUGGUAUUAAGAAAAAUACCAUAAAUCACCAACAAACUCAUGUGUUACAGAAGACUUCAACAGGCUACUUAUUCAAGAUGACCUUGGAUGCUGUAUAUAAUACAAAUUAGUAGGAGUAGUAGAGAAAUGUUCUUAAAUGGUAUAAUAUAUUUUUAGAAAACCUAUGCUUGGUAGUAUUCUUGCUGAGAAGCCAUGGGGUGACUAUGUGUUCCAGACUCCUGGUAACAUUGUUGUUCUCUUGAACUCCAGAAGUGUUCAGUUUCACUCCUGGGGUAUGCUGAAGCUGGUCAGUUUGGUUUUGAUGGAGCAGUUUUAAGUCCAGAAAAGGUGAAUAAGCACUGGAGAAUAAGGAUGGCAAAGGAAAUCUGACUUCAUGGAAGAUUUUUUUUUUUGGUAUCUCACGUAUAUACAAUUCCAUAUUAAAUUAAUUUUGUUGUUGAUGGUUUCUUCAAUAGCAAUGUCAGGAAUGCUGCCAGGAGACCCUUAUUUCUUCUGUGGCCUCUGUAAUGUAGAACCAACAUAGAAAAUUGGACUGUACAGUUAGUUUUGAUAUUCUUAACAGGAUCUAUAUUCAGGACAUGAUAAUUUGAAUCCUGUGGCUACAUAAUGCAGCUGCUACUCUUCAGAAGAGGAUUUUCAGGUCGAACUCAAAUUGACUGCAUUUACCUAAAUGUUUGCGUACUGUGGCCAAGAUUAGUGUCUUAAGAGAAAUGUGUAUUUUAUGAAUGCUGUGCUCACUGGACUCUUCAAUUGUGAUAAUAACUUAGUAGCCAGCUGCUGUAGUUAAUCAGUGAUACCUGCAGGGGAAUAACAACAGAAAGUUUUAAUUGGGUGGGAGGAUACCCAUUGUAUAGACCUGCAUGCUGCCAAGGUGUAAAGGAUCUGUUUAAUUGCAUCUAAAAUUAAGAAUGUUUUAGCACAAUAAAAAAUCAAAUUAAAGAAUUUGUCUA